AUGAGCCUCCCCAAGCACGUCCUCGACCUGCUCGAGCCGCUGCACGACACGAGCGCGACCUUCACCCGCUCGGGCGACCUCAUCUCGGCGUCCGAGUCGACGUCAGCGCGACAGCGCUACCUCUACAAGACGGCCGGCAGCGACUCGACGCAGCUCGUCGGCGAGGCCGAGAGCUUGCGAGCGAUCAACGCGGCUUGCGCAGAUGUCGCCCCGAGGCUGCUCGGCAGCGGGACGGACGAGCAGGGCCGGAGCUGGAUGCUCUCCGAAUGGCACGACCUGUCGGCUAUCCCGGCGGCAGAACAAGCUCGCCUCGCCGAGCUCGUCGCCAAGAUGCACCUCGCGCCCGCGCCCGACGGUCAGCGCUUCGGCUUCUCGGUGCCGACAUGCUGCGGCGCGACCCAGCAGGAGAACGCCGAGAUGGACAGCUGGGCCGGCUUCUACGGUGAGCGCAGGAUUGGUGACCUCGCGAGGCGGAUCGGCGACCCGGAGCUGCUGCGGCUCGCCCAGGAGGUGCGGCAACGUGUCAUCCCUGAGCUCCUCGGUCGACUCGACGUCAAGCCGUCGAUCCUGCACGGCGACCUCUGGUCGGGCAACGCGCGCUUCUCGAACGACCGCCACGCGCCCAUCACUUUCGACCCCUCGAGCUACUACGGUCACAGCGAGGCAGACCUCGGCAUCACGAGAAUGUUCGGCGGCUUCGCGCCGGCGUUCUACGAGACGUAUCACUCGCUCGUGCCCAGAUCGGAGCCCGUCGAGCAGUACGAGCAGCGUCUGCAGCUCUACGAGGCGUACCACCACCUCAACCACAUGCUCAUGUUUGGUCGAUCGUACAAGUCGGGCGCAGUGCGUCUUCUCGAAGCGCUCGUGCGGUGGGCAGAGGAGCAGGGCCUGUAGCAGCUCGCGCGCAAUCGAAACCUUUGCCGUAUCGACUUU